UUUAUACAUAUUAUAAUGAGAAAAACACGCUUAUUGUUUUAAAUGAAUGUAUAGUACAGUACACAUAGAAAGUACAGGCGUGUACAUGUGUACAUACGACGUUCACGAACAGUUCAAAGCAAACAUCAAUAGAAAAGACGUUGUACACUCUCUACUUUAGGUUGUUCAGAGGGAUUGUUGCUGUGACAAGCAAUGAUUUUUUUGUAAAUGUUUUACCGAGCCAACGGGACUCUGAUGGCAAUAACAGUUGGGGUCAAGGGUCCUCUCUGUUCAUGGUGGCUUUCCUGAUCCCAGACCGGUUACGGUGCAGAGAGGGGAGUUUGAGGGGAUUGUGCUGGCGUGGGUUAACUGAACGGGUGAGUUUUGUGGUGUUUUCAGAUGAGAGAGAGAGUUGUACCAGGUUACAAAACUGAAAAUGAGAAUGGAUUCGAUGAGUGAGCAGUAAACCAGAGAUAACGGGAAAUCCAACCUGUUAACUGUCCUGGUUCAGCCCUGAAGUGUAUGAAUAUCCACAGACAGGAUGAUCUACAUCAUAAUGGGAGUAUCGGGUUCUGGAAAAAGCAGUUUGGGGAUGUUCUUGUCUGAAAAGCUGGGUUGGCCCUUCCAUGAGGGAGAUAACUACCAUCCAUGGGAGAACAUCCAGAAGAUGGCUCAUGGUGAACCACUCACAGACAAGGACCGAUUGCCUUGGCUUCUUAAACUGCAUGAAGUCAUCGAGAGAGAAAGAAGUUCAGGCUCUGAUGCAUUCAUGGCAUGCUCUGCUCUGAAGCGCCAGUACAGACAGAUCCUCCUCUACGGCUCCACAGCUCUCACUACUUCUUCUUCUGGCUCACUCCAAGAUAUCUUGCCUCCGACUCUUCCUGACGUCUUUUUCCUUUACUUGUAUGGGGACUACGAUUUUAUUUACCAAAGGAUGGUUGCCCGCAAGGGACAUUACAUGAGAGCAGAUCUGUUGCGUUCCCAGUUUGAUGUUUUAGAGCCUCCAUUGGACGAGGAGAACGCGUUGUCACUGGACAUCAGGAGGGGCAUCACUGACAUGGCUGGGGAGGUUCAGAAGCACAUUAUCAGCCAGAGGCCAUCUUCAGCAGUGGAGUCUUAACACCAGUGAAGCAGCAGACUGAGACAGAGGCCGUCAUCGCCUGGUUUUUAAGGGUUUUAUCUAAGAUAGUUGGUAGUUGUCCAAACUGCCUUGGCUUUUGGUAAUCCCCUGGUUUUUGCUGCAGUGCCUCAAAGACAUUGACAUGUGCUUCAGAGUGAAGUGUGUUGAAAAGUGCUGUACAUACAGCAAAUGAUGGUCAUAAAAUUCUUAAGUCCCCACAGGAUGAAUUCAAAUGGCCUUUUUUUCUGUACUCAAAUUGGCACAAAACUUAUGCUGUUUUAAAAAAUGCAGUAAAUACUUGCACGCUAAGGACAUUCCUGUCAGACUGUGCUCUGAUUAGUUAUACCUAUCGGCUCUGAACUCUGUUACUUAUAGGGCAGAACGUUAUUUAUCAGGUUCCUGUAGGCAUCAGACUGAAGACGUGACUGGGAAGUUUUUUUUAUUUUUUCUUCCUUAACUGUUGCCUUUGAUCAAACUGCAAUGGAAAUGUUUGUAAUAAAUAUCAAGCAACUGCAA